GCAACGUCGCAUCUCGAAAUGUAGUUCGUAUGAAAAUUGUUCUGAGAAAUAAAUUAAAAAAUUGCAGUUAAUACUCCUAGAAAAAUAUUUUAAGUGAUUUUUCCAAUUUCACCAGUGCAUCUAUCAUCACAGUAAGUGUUUGCACCAACUUUUUAAGUGUAUUAUAGAAGAAAUAAGCCUAUGUUUUGAUUUUUUUUUUAUUAAUACAAUAUUUCUUAUCUCAAUUAUUGGAAUAUUUUAAUAUACAAAGUUUGUACCUUGUUGCCAAGUCAAAAAUAAUCUUGGAAAUUAAAGGAAUAUUAAAUUAAUUAAAUUAAUAUUAAAUAAAUAUUAUGAGUCUAACAGAAAAACAAUCCUGCAAAAAUGUUUCCGAUAAUAUGACAAUAAAUGAAUUAUAUAAUCGCCUAGUUGAAAACAAUACUAAACAAACUGCAGAUAUUACGGGAAAAAUAGAUCAUAGCAUUGAACAACUGACAAAUAAGUUAGAAGCAGCACAUAAAAAAUUGAAAUACUAGAAAAUAGCUGUGUCAAUCUGGAAAGAAAACUUCGAAGAAAUAAUAUCGCAAUUUUUGGCCUUGUAAUAAAAAAUCCUAUCCUCGAAAACAUUUUGCAAACUUUGAAUAACCUACUGGGAAUAAAUUUAAAUAAAAAUGAUAUCAACUUUAUAAGGGUUCCAAAAGAAGAACAUGAGAAGCUACCAAUUAUCAUCGAAUUUAUUUCCUUGUAUAAAAAACAAACAAUCUUCCAAAACGUUCAAAAGCUAAAAAACUCUAAAAUAUCUAUUGCCAAUGAUAUGUGCUAUCAAGAUAGAAUCGACUAUAAAGUUCUUAAAAGACAUCUAAAUAUUGCCAAAGAUCAAAAUCUACCUGCUAAGAUAAAGGGUAGAACUAUUGAGAUAAAUGGAAAUAUUUACACACCCAACGAUCUUCGUAAAAUAGAAGGACAGUGUGAAACUAAUGAUGGCAUCAGAUCUGAUUCCGAUUCCAACCGAGAAAGUGACGCAGAGGAGUUGGUAGAAGAAAAACCCAAAUCCAAAGGACAAGAGAAAAGAAAAAGCAUUAUCUACAGCCCACCAGAAGAAAACCACAGAAUUGCAGCGCAAAUACAUUUUUACGUGAUGGAAAACAGAGGAAAUCCAAAACAUAAAGGAAGUUCGAAUAUACUAUGGAACUUUCUAAAAAAACCAAGGCUAGCUGAAGAUAGUGAUAUAGUUUCAUCGACAGUAUCGACAUCUCUGCAAUGCACCGCAUCAGCCUUGACAGAAAACAAAUUAGAUAAUGAUGAACAUGUUUCAUUGCUGCCUCUACAAAAAACAUCGGAAGGAAACAGAUUAGAAUGCGAAGCCUCUUCGUCAAUGACUUCACAGAAUAACCAAGUUCACGACAAGUAUGAUAUUGCUAACUUUGUACAUAAACAGGUAGACGAUGAGACUAAACUACAAUUAGUCGAAAGAUUUUGGACUCCACCUAAGAAUUUUGUGUUUCCUUUAGAAAAACAAGGACAACAUCAACGAAAAUUUAAUACUGUGUGGCUGACGAAAUAUAAUUGGUUAACAUAUUCAAAAAUAGAAGAUGGGGCCUAUUGUAAAUACUGUGUUCUAUUUUCUUCAUCAUUUGCCGGUCAUAAUACUAGCCAGAUUCUUGGAGCUUUAGUAAAAGAGCCUUUUCGGGGAUGGAAAAAAGCAAUAGGAAAAUUUGAAGCUCAUGGAGGGGCACAAUAUCACAGGUUUUCAGUACUUCGCGCAGAUAAUUUAAAACAAAGUUUUUCCGGUUAUUCUAUAGGCAAGUUAUUAACCAAGUCAUCUGAAUUGAUAAUACAACAAAAUCGGCAGCGACUGACACCAAUUAUUAAAACAAUACUUUUUUGUGGAAGAAUGGGACUGCCAUUAAGAGGACAUAAAGAUUACGGAUCUUUGGACUUGCAUUCUGACCUAAACAGAAGCGAGGGUAACUUUCGUAAUAUAUUAAGGCUAAGAGCUGAAGCUGGAGACCAAGCCCUUUUGGAUCAUUUGAAUUUUUGUGGAGGCAAUGCCACAUAUCUGAGUUGGGACAUCCAAAAUCAAAUAUUGGAAAUAUGCAAUCGACUAGUUAUCCAAAAAAUCGUAGAAGAACUUAACGCCGCGAAAGCGUUCGUUAUAUUAGCCGAUGAAACAGCGGAUGUAUCAAAUAAAGAACAGUUAUCAAUAUGUGUUAGAUUUGUUGACAGGAAAGAUCAAAUUCAUGAAAAAUUUUUACAAUUCGUCGAAAUUACUUCUACUACUGGCGCUUAUAUAGCUGAGAAUAUUCUGGGAACUUUAGAUAAACUAGAAGUUAACUGUAAAUACCUUUGUGGACAGGGAUAUGACGGAGCAGCUGCUAUGUCCGGGAAUACUAAAGGCGUUCAAAAGUUAAUUUCAGAAAAAUUUCCUGCGGCUACGUAUGUACACUGCGCUUCACAUAAUUUAAACCUUUGUUUAUCUUCAGCAUCUAAUGUAACAGAAAUACGAAACUGCUUAGGAACAAUUGAAAAAGCAUAUUGCUUUUUUAACUCCCCCAAAAGGGAGAACGUUUUGCACCAAAAAAUUGAGUUAUUAUGCACGGAAACAAAAAAGCAUGGCUUAAAAAGAUUAUGUCCUACUCGAUGGGUAGCAAGGCAUGAUGCUGUUUUGAUAUUUGAAGAACUCUAUAAACCGCUGGUCGCAGCUUUGGAAGAAAUAGAACAAUGGCCAGAUCGUCCUACUUCAACUGAGGCAUCUGGAUUACUAGCCAGCAUCAAAACUUCUAAAUUUACCAUUGCAUUGAUGUGCUCAAAAAGAUUGUACGCUCAUACGCUACCUCUGAGUAAAAUACUGCAAACGAUUGACCUUAAUCUUUGUAAAGCGUUGGCUCUAGCAGAUGAUGUGGCAGAUCAACUUAAACAAAUACGAGGCCAGGCAGAUGAGCAUUUUAAAAAUAUUUUUAAAGAAGCUCAAGAUCUUCUUUCGGAGUUCGAUAUAGAAAUUAAGAUGCCCAGAGUACCAGCACGACAAACACAACGACUUGUUUUAAAUACCGAAUCUGCUUCUGAAUAUCUUAAAAUCGCCAUUUUUAUUCCGUUUUUAGAUGACUUGAUAGUAAAUCUCGAAGAAAGGUUCUUAAACCAUCGAAAAACAAUUCAAAAUUUUGAAUGUCUCUUUCCUUUUAAUAACCAGAACUUUAAAAGCCAAUAUAAAUGUUUUUUGGAACUCCACAGCUUUUACAAAAUGCAUGACUUUCUUGAAGGUUUUUGUAACGAAACUAUAUUAAAAGCUGAACUUGAGUUAUGGUACAAAAAAUGCGAAAAUAAGAACCUGAAGGAAGAUCUGGCCAAAGUUUAUUCUGAAUGUGAUUCCACUAUAUUUCCAAACAUAAAAAGACUCUUACAAAUUUUUUUAACUUUACCAAUUACAACUUCAACAUCCGAAAGAUCUUUCUCAAAUUUAAAAUAUUUGAAAAAUUAUUUGCGUAGCACUAUGCAAGAGGAUAGGCUAAAUGGUUUGGCAGUCCUUUACGCAAACCACGAUAUUGUCAUUACGGCAGAAGAAAUUUUGGACGAAAUGGCAAAAACAAAACGAAGAAUUUUGCUUUAG